AUGACUCCAUUUGGACAGACCACAUGCACAGGAUACAGACUGGCGGCGAGGAGGCUUGGGGCGCGUCGGGACAGAGGCGGCCUUCUGUCCAGAGAGUCAAUUUCAACUGACAGACGACACAAGAGAACAACUGUUGUUGGUGGCAGUAAAGAAAGCGUCGACAAUCCUCGUCGGAGGACGAUUUGCCCGUCUGGCGGCCCGUCGACGAGAGGAAGGAGUGGACGGAUGACGGAGGUGCGUCCUGUUCGGUUCUCUUUCGCCGGUCGAAAGCAAGCGUUCAGGUCGACCGUGAGCAGACGCCUGCUGGAGCGGGAGACAAACCGAAUCCGGCCUCAGAGCAGAGAACGUAUCACCUUGAUCAGUCGUCAUCUCUGCAAUUCUGCCAUAGAAGCGGGUGUCGAGCAGCUGAAUCCAAUGAACAUGCUGGUCGAGUUGCAAAUCGAGGCCCAGGACGAGGCCUCGGUGAGGAGCAGAGUGGGCCUCCAGCCACCCGGAAAGCCGGAGAGUGCGUUCGAGGUCACUUUCGUCGGGCACAGCUCGGGCACUCAUUACGCGGUGGAUAUGCAAGCCAAGCUGGGCAAGUCACCUUCUCUGGAGUCGGAGCAGCAACUAAAGGAGCCCAGUUUGCCCGCAGAAAAGCAGGUUAAUGCACCUUUAAUUAAGGACGAAGAAGUAGUUCAUCCCCCAGCAAGGAAGGUAAUCCUCUUAGAUGAGCCGAUGCCAGUCAAAACCGACAGAAAGGUACGAAAAGGCUCGACCUUUAUAGGAGAAGACACGUUUUCUCGCCCAAAGCUGAAGAGUGCAAGUCAAGCCCUGUACGAUAUGCAUAGGAAGGAAAUGAUCGUGGACAACGCCGAGAUAUGUAAACUCUUUAUGCAAGAAAAUGAUACUUGCCAGGCUUAUCUGAGGCCGAAUCACGAUCACCCCCUGGUUACUCGAAUGAGAGAGAGUAUAAUAUCAUUUUAUGAUCUUCUAAUUGGAAAUUACCGCGAUCUGCUGGAGGGAGAAUGUGAAAAAGCCAAGUGCUUUUUAGAUGAGGUAAAAAUACUGGCAUUACACGUCGAGGAUUUGCAAACUGAAGAAAUCUACAAAAAUAAGAAGAGAUUGGACGAUCUCAUGAGAAUGCUGGAUGGGCUGACAGGGUCACUGUUCGAGAGUCCGAGUAAGCUGCCUGAGCUUGUUUUGGGAGUAUUUGAUGGAAUUACAGAACUUGGGGCCUUAUUGGACAAGGAUCUAUACCCGUCAUAUUUAAAGGGUUUCAGCAAGAUGCUGGUGCGCAAACUGAAGGUAGGUUGA